ACUGCAUUGGGUCUCCGUAGCGCCGGUCUUCACUCGUCGCCUUUCCCGCAGCGAUCCUCUUGGACUCCAGUCAGUCGUGCCAUCGGUCUCUCGCCUUACAUUCGUCUCCUGCAGACCCGCAAUCUCAGCAAUGGUGGAAUAUCUCGCAACAUGCUUGCCAACCUCGAGGCUGCCGCCAACCGGAAUCCCAACAGCGCCACCGCCCAGAAUGCUUUCUAUCAGGUUCUUCUCAAGGCCAACAUGCCCGCCAUUGUCAUUGAGCGAUACCAGUCUGGUCGAUAUGCCAAGAACCAGGCCGUCGAGGAGGCAUAUGCAAAGUCCUUGUCCAUGUUGACUGGCAAUAAACUAGGAGACUCCAGCGCCCUUACGGGCCAGACGGGCGGUCUCAGCAACGAACAGGUUCAGGCUAUCGGUCAGGCUGUCGCAGCUCAACACAAGGGAGGCAACAUUGCGAUCUCAGCUCCCCAGGGCUCAGGUGUCGCCAAGGAUGGCCGUAUUCAUGUCCUCGUGGACGAGUCCCUCGGCUCGACCAUUUUCAAAUGGGUUCGCUUCCUCUUGAUCUUUGGUUUCGUCUGCUAUCUCAGCCUGAUCGUUGUGUCAAUGCUGGUCGAAUCUCUCAACUCCAUCAAACGGACUGGAACAGCCCGGGCCGAUGCCGAAGUCAAGGCCGAGAACCAGAAGGCCCGCUUUGCGGAUGUGCACGGUUGCGAGGAGGCCAAAGAGGAGCUGCAGGAGCUGGUGGAAUUCCUCAAGAACCCCGAGAAGUUCUCUACGCUGGGUGGCAAGCUGCCCAAGGGUGUCCUCCUUGUUGGCCCUCCUGGAACAGGCAAGACCCUUCUCGCAAGGGCGGUCGCUGGUGAGGCCGGCGUGCCUUUCUUCUACAUGUCUGGGAGCGAGUUCGACGAGAUCUAUGUCGGCGUCGGUGCCAAGCGUGUGCGCGAUCUCUUCAACGCUGCGAGGUCCAAGUCGCCAGCUAUCAUCUUCAUCGACGAGCUGGAUGCGAUAGGUGGCAAGCGCAACACGCGAGACAGCACCUAUGUGAAACAGACGCUGAAUCAGCUGUUGACCGAGCUGGACGGUUUCGACCAGAGCAGUCAAGUCAUCAUCCUCGCCGCCACCAACUUCCCCCAGCUUCUGGACAAGGCCCUCACCCGGCCUGGUCGCUUCGAUCGUCAUGUGCAGGUUGACCUUCCCGAUGUCCGUGGCCGGCUGGCCAUUCUGAAGCACCACGCCAAGAAGGUGAGGCUGAUGGAGGGCAUGAACCUGCAGGAGCUGGCCCAAGGAACGUCCGGCCUGUCAGGCGCGGAACUCGAGAACAUUGUCAACUCUGCAGCGAUCCACGCCAGCAAGAACAAAUCCCCCGUCGUCACCAUGAAGGAUCUGAUCUGGGCCAAGGACAAGGUCAUCAUGGGUGCUGAGAAGAGAAGCAUGGUCAUUAGCGAGAACGAGAAGCUGAUGACCGCUUAUCACGAGGCUGGUCAUGCUCUUAUGGCUCUGUACAGCGUGAGGCAGUCGGUCCCACUCUACAAGGUCACGAUCCUGCCGCGCGGCAUGAGUCUUGGGCACACAGCUUUCCUGCCGGAGAUGGACAAGCACUCGUACAGCUCAUCCGACUAUGUUGCCAGGAUUGACACGGCUCUCGGCGGCAAGGUGGCAGAGGAACUCGUGUACGGCAACGACAUGGUGACCUCUGGGGUCAGCGGGGAUCUCAACAGCGCCACAGACACCGCCUUCCAAAUGGUCGCCUAUUUCGGUAUGGGCAACAGCCUUGCUCCCAUGGACUUUGGCUCGAGAUACGACACGCUCAGCCCAGCUACUCGGGCCCAGGUCGAGAACGAAGUGCAGCGAGUGCUCAAUGAGGCUUAUGGGCGCACCAAGAAGCUGUUGACAGAGAAGCGCAAGGAGCUCGACCUCUUGGCACAGGCCCUCGUCGACUACGAGACCCUGGACAAGGAGGAGGUCAAGAAGGUGAUCAAGGGGGAGACACUGGCUGAUCGAAUGAAGAUGCCAAGGGACGGCACAAUGAGCGUGCCGGUGACACCGGAUCCCAUCGAUGCCCUCCCGCCGAUCCCGGGUCGAGGACAUGAGGGCGAGAAUGGCUCGGGGGCGCCACCGCCUGCACCCCCAGCUAUGGCUUAAAGCUUAGUCAAGGUAGGCUUGGUUGGUCCAACCCGUGCGCCCAUUCACUGUGAUGGCCCGUUGGGAAGGACUGCCGAGGUUGGGGCAAAAAGAUCUCGAAAAAGAACUGCCUCUGACACCGAAGCGUGUGUCAUGAACGGGCAUGUAAAAUGUACUAUCGAAUAGGGUAUUGGACGGCAAGGGGCUCAAGAAGACGAGUCUCAUCAUAUCAGGUUUUAGGAGGGAUUAUUGCAUCACGAUUAUUAUUGUUUUUUUUUCAGAGCGCAUCUGAAAGCAGCCGUUCUUUUUGUGGACGCGCCUUGAUGAAUCCUCCAAAAAGAAUCCAGCAAGACUAUUCAACUCAUCUUCACAAACCUCGGUGGUGAUAUCGUGAUGUUUUGGUUCAUAGGUUAUACAGGGCUCAACCACCUGUUUUAUCUACAAGAAGAGAAACAAAAGUCACCUC